AUGGUUGGUGGUCCAGUUUUAGAAUUAUCGUGUCGGGAGCGUGGAAGUGAACUAUUUCUUCGCGAAAAGGAAAGUUGUAGCGGCUUAUCUAUUGACUUCGUGAAGGAACUAGCCCAAGUGGUUAAAUCCAGUAUUGGCCUUCGACCCACAUAUAUUUUUACUCGAAUCGCUGAUCUCCCCCAAAAGGAACGUUCUUUUUUUUUGAAGCCUAAAGUUCAAAACCUAUCCAAUGAACAAUAUUGCCCAUCUUUCAUUUCUGACAAGACUUUUGAUAUUAAUAACUUAGUUGCUUGCGAUCUUUUGAUUGGAGAUGUGCUAAUCGCUGAAUCACUUUCAGUGUCUACAUCCCUUGCACAAAUCUGCACUGCGCGACAGGCCUUUCAAAUUCUAUCUCGUCCAUGUUUCCUUGUUGGAUCUGUGCGUCAAUGGGAUGAGGUGGAGUAUUUGGUUUUGUGUCUAAGUCCAAAAGCUGAAAUAGUCCCUAAACUAUCUCCAUUUCUCAAGGAUCCUUUUGAAUCUAAUUUAGAUAAAGAUAAUGCUGAAUUUGAAUGUGAUGAAAGCGUUACCACGGUCUUCACACCUAAACCAUUUGAUGAUAUGUGGAUUUACCUAGCACAACUUCCAAAAGAAACAUUACAUGAUCAGGCUCAUCUAGAACAAAUUUUGGCCCAAUCUGCUGAAUUCAGUCAAAUGGUCAUCAGUUUUGAAUUCGAAGUGCAAACCACCACUGGUCAAAUUAUUUGCAAUACAUUAAUUGAUAAUCAGCGUUAUUUAAGCAUUGAAAGUUCAGAUUUGUAUGGUGCUCAACAAUCGGCAAUGAGUAGUCUGUUGAAUAAAUUGUGUACUACUCAACCUGUGGUUGGUUUAACAUUCUCACGGGAAGACAAGUUCGAAGAUGACGCUACUUCACAUCUCUGGGGAAUUCCCGAAUAUGUUAUGGUCGAAAAUCUUAUGUGGGGUAGAGAGGAACUGGAUUCACCAAUACAUUUUGAACAGCUGGAAGCCCAUUGUGAAAUUCCACCUUUAUCUCCAACACAUCUUAUUUGUGAUGGCUCACUUAGUAACAACAAUCAUGAAGGAAUAAAUCGGACUACUCUAUUUUCAUCGCCAAUCCUGAUAGAAAGCUAUCUCCAAGCAUAUGCUGCUUCAGCUCUAGUCUCUCCGAUUUGCAUUCUGCCUACUGUCGUUCCAAUCAAUCUCUGGCCAGUUGUACGACAACAUGCUAAACGUUGGGGUUUGUUGAGUCGUGUGGAAGUAAAGCAUGGUGCAGAUCCUCCCAGUUUCCUUAUUGUUUGCAAACGAGUUCCACUAUCUCGAUUAAAAAGAUCAUUGUAUGAUCAUCAACAAUAUGGUUGCUUUUAUUUAAUUGAUAAAGGAAAUCUUACCACUGACGCUUUAAAGCGUCUCUAUCAAGCUGAUCCACUUUGUUUUAGUGAUAGUGAUGGUUCAACAACAAACAAUAACAUUCAAUCAACUGAUCCUAUAACUAAUAUCAACACACUGCCUUCUUCACCAUCAACAUUUUUUGAAACAUCAGAUCCGUACAGUGAUGAACCAGUUACUCGUUACGCUCGUGAGUUCCUUUCUACGCAUAAAACAUACAUUAAAAAAGAAUCUAACGAUGAUAGUUGUAACUUAAUCAAUGAUGAUUGUGUACUUAUAACAGCAGAACUAAAUCAACCGUCAAAUGCUAUUGAAAUAUUAGAUGAUCUUCCUAAAACACUUAUACCGGGAAUAGAUUUCUAG